GUGGAAAAAACAACUUAGCCAAUUGAUUACAUGGCACUAUUUUCGUUCCACAUUUGAUAAAAUAAAAACAGAUUGGUUUAAUACCCCUAAAUCCUUCUUCGAAAUCCCUAAAAUUAGAAACCCCUAAAUCCUCUGCACCAUUCCGGCCGACUGCUCAGUUUCCAGCAACCAUUCCAGCCAAUUGCUUAGUUUCCAAAAAUGAAAUGAUUCCAAAAAUGAGAAAGCAAUCGACGAUGGCUGCAGAUCAAACUUGAUUCCUUCUUUUUCAACAGCAAGUCUUGAUUCUUUGUUCUUUGAAUUGUUGAUUCCUUCUUCGACCCUAAAUCCUCUGCAAGUCUUUCUUCUUUGAACCCUUCUUCGACCCCUAAAGCCUCUGCAGGUCUUUCUUCUCCAAACCCUUCUUCGACCUCUAAAUCCUCUACAAGUCUUGAUUCUUUUCCUUCUUCAAACCCUAAAUCUUCUACACUUUGUGAUUCCUUUUUCUUCCUUUGAACUGUAUAACCUCUGCUAUUUGUCUUUUGGCUUUUGAGUUUGUGAGAAUCAUAAAAUGGAAGUUGGUUAUGCAUGGAGUUUGGUUCUAGGUUCAAGUUCAGGUUCAUUUGAGGGUGGAAGCAUGAUAGAUUCUACAGAGUUUAGAAAUGAAGAGUAUAAAUGCAACUGUGGAUUAAAUGCUAUUAUUCGGACUUCGUUUACUUUUCAAAACAUGGGUAAGAGGUUUAGAUGUUGUCCUAAGAAGAAGGAUCCUUACAAUUACUUCCAUUUCCUAGCUAGUGAGGAAAAGAUCGAGGGUAGAGUGAUGGAGUUGUUGCUGGUUUUGAAAGAUAAAGAAUGCAAAGUUGUUAAAGAGAAGGAGAAAAUAAUAAAAUGUGCAAUUGAAGAAACACAGUGGAUUAAUGGAUAAAAAAGUAAGAGUUUUGGAGAAGGAAAUGAAGAAGGUGGCAAAAAGACACUCAAAAGCCAUGAUGAUCAGUGAAGUGAUUUGUUUGGUAUUUUUAAUUUUCAUUGGUUUGAUUUUUGGUGUAUUGUUACUUAGAAUCACCAAAUAUUAGGCAUGUGGGUCUUGGUUGUGGUUUUUGUAAUUCAAUGUUAUAGAUGGUUUUUGCAAUUCAAUGGAAGAGAUGGUCUUUGCUGGAAUAUAUGUAUAUUUGUUGU